CCAUUAUUUGCAUUGGGCCUCUGCGUUUGAAAUUGAUUGAACUAGUCUGAUCACAUAUUUUUGUAAGUUACAGAUCGAAGCAACCCGUUAAUUGCGUGAGGCUACUGAGGCGUAAAUGAUGUAAAACAUAUAUGUGCUUGAAAUGUAUUAUCUAUGCUACAAUUAUAUGACUUUAUGAUUUUUUUUUUAUAUUUAAACUAUUUAUGCCAGAAUGCCACAUGCACCACGCCACGGGCCAACCUACAAAAUAACUUUAAGACUAAAUUUUCUUUUGAUUAACCAUUUAACAUAUAAUGUUAAAAAAGCCCCAUUUGUAACGCAUUAUUUUUUUUAAAAUAAUAACGGUUGCCUACAUUAUUAGGCUAAUAAGCAAAUUUCGUUCUUCUUAAGCCUUUUAUAAUUUAUAGUGUAAGUUGGAUAUCCUUUUAGACAUUUCUACAACAACAAAAAAACACAAAAAAAAACCAUUAAUUCACAUGAUUGAUAAAACCAACGCUGUAGGUAGGCCUAUAUAUUUUAGAUAAUGCUUUUAUUUAAAGACGGACCUGUGUACCAAAAAGCACUUGUGUAUGUAGUAGGCCUACAUGUAUUCAUAUUAUGUAGACUAUGUGCAGUGGUGGUUCAGAGAAGAAAGACACAAAUUAAGAUGAUGAUAUAAAUUAAUUAUUAGGAUGCUACUUUAAAUAUUAAAAAAUCUAAAUUAUGUCAUUGUAACAACUGUAAUCCCAGUCUCUGGAACAGACGGCCUCUCAAACAUGGAGUGCUUCACUUUGAGUUUGUUGGGACUUGCAAUCCUGCUCUUGGUGUUGGCUUUUGCCAAAUUUAUGUCAGCCAGCCAUGACACUUUCCAUAAAAUGGGCAUUGACACCCCACCGACGUCUCUGAUCCUCGGCCACUUUGGGUUGUCUGUAAAGUUUGGCGUUUUCAAAGUUCAAACAGAAUUCUACAAAAUGUUUAAAGAUAAGAAGGUAAGUUCUGUGUUCUAUACAACAACACAUCUGUUAUGUAGGACUUCCCCGUGCCGUGCACUUUGUUUGACCCCCACAUUAGAUUCCUAGCAGACGUUAACGUUUGUUGUGGGCGUGGUUUUAAUCUCUUUGUUCUAUGGUAUUUACUGCCGACUACCAAUUAAACAAGUUAAGUCUGCCUCCUAGUAUCUUGUUGAACGUUCUCAAUUUACAAUGUCUGAGUAGUUUCUGGAAGGCAGUGCUUACGCUGCAUAUAUAAGGGAAUGACAGGAACAGAGGUUCACGGAGAUUGAGAGAGAGGUAGAUAUUAUUAACUUUACGAGACAAUUGUAUUAUUCUUUGUGUGCUCAAAUGUGUUUAUUUCGCAUUCAUCAUUAUUAAUUGGCACAUUGUACUAAUUGAAAUUGUGUACCGGUACAAGAUUUUCCCAUACUCUGUAAGUUGAUGAUUUGUAAUUAUAUUUCUUUGUCUUGUAAUUGUAUUAUUUCUAAAUUAAAUCUUAUUAAUUGUCAUUGGCAUCUUUAUUAUUGUAUUUCUCUAUGGUAUCGUCCUUUGUUGUGCACUGUGUGAACGAGCCAUAACUUAAGAUAUUAAUUUUUCACAAUAGAAUCCAGUGCGUAACAACAUCCAUAUAAGAAAAUACAGAAUUCAAGUUUAGUGAAUCCAAUGAUCCCCAAACUGUAGUCAUCAAGCCAUUGCUUUUAGUGUACAAUAGUUAUAAAUGAUGCCAAAAGACAGGAGUUAAGGAAACAAUUUUUUUUUUUACUAUGACAGUUUGAGAGAAAUCUGUGAGCUUAUCGUCACUAGGUCCAACUAAAUUUGUCCAUAGGUUUACGGGUGGUAUGACACGAGGACACCCAUCUUGGUCAUCAAAGACCUGGACAUGGUCAAAGAAAUUAUGGUCAAAAGUUUCAACCACUUCAUUGACCGCCGUGUGCCCAUGGAGCACGACUUGCCCUUUCGAGACAAUCUUCUGACCCUGAGAGGUAGCAAGUGGAAGCACGUAAGAAGCACAGUGAGUCCCACAUUCAGCUCGGGGAGAAUAAAGAAAAUGUCUCCUCAUGUUGAGAGGAAUGCCAAGAAACUGAUGAAGCACCUCCAAUCAAAGCAAGAGAGCGGUGAAGAGUUGGAACUGAAGGAGUUAUGUGGUUGCUUCACUUUAGAUGUUAUUGCCAGCAUAGCAUUUGGGCUGGAGAUUAAUGCACUUGAAGACCCAGACAACAAAUUUUCCACGGAAGCAAAGAGAAUCACCAGGCCGAAUCUUUUGUUGUUUGCCCUAAUCUUGUUUUUCCCCGAGCUGGGAAAUAUUUUCUCGAGGCUAGGUUUACCGAUUUUCCCCAAGUCGUCCAUGCAGUAUAUGGCCAAUGUGAUUGACGCAGCCAUAGAAGAAAGAAAGAGAGAUGGAAGUGAGGGAAAGUUUAAUGAUUUUCUAGACCUUGUCAUGAGUGCUGAGAAAGAAGAUGGAGAGGCAAUCAAAGAAAGACUUACUAGAUCAGAGAUUCAUGUAAGUACCGGUACUUAGCUUUAUAGCUUGCAUUUACAUCUCAUUCUUUGACUAAUGUCAGAUACAUAUACACUGUUAAUUGUAAUUGUAAAAUAGUUUAUUAAGUUCACUUCAGCAUACAUCCAUGUAGAAAUUAAUUAGCAAAAUUAUGUCAUAUGUUACUGUAAAGGUGGCUGCUGCCAUUUGAACUUUUGUUCAAACUGAGCCAUGAAGAUCUUAGAAUUUCACAGUGUUGUCAGUGUUUCCCAAAGUGCUAGUCUGGCAGCUGGCAUCAGUCCGCAAGCCUUGCAUUGGUAGUGGGUAGUCUGGGGACCGGCAUCAGUUUGCAAGCCUUACAUUGGUAGUCAAAGGACUGGCAUCAGUUUGCAAGCCUUACAUUUGGCUCUGAACAACAAGAAACUGAAUGCCUUAAAUAAAGUUUACCAAAAAAAAUAUGUAUAACUGCAGGCUCAAAUGGAAUUAGUGAUUAGAGUCCUUUGGCAUUGGCUGAGCAAAGAUAAAAAAUAUUUUACGACAUAUUUAGGGUCGAAUAACAAAGUUUGGGAAUCACUGCUCUAUAUUUUGUUCAUCAUACUAAGUGCUUUUAUUUUAUUAUUCACCCUCAGGCUCAGUCCAUAAUUUUUCUUUUUGCUGGCUUAGAUUCUGUUUCGACCGUCAUGUCUUUCACAUUGUUCCUACUGGCCGUACAUCCUGAGUGCUGCAAAAAAGCACAAGCUGAAGUUGAUGAAAAAAUUGGAAAAGAUUUUCCAAAUUAUGAAAAUGUUCAAGGUCUCAAUUACUUAGAAAUGUGCAUCAGUGAAGCCAUUAGAAUGGCACCACCAGGGAUUUUCAUUGACCGACAAUGUGUGGAAGCCAUAGACGUCCAAGGAGUUCACAUUCCCAAGGGCAUGGUGGUCUUAAUUCCCGUCUACGCCAUUCACAACGAUCCGGAUCUUUGGCCAGAACCUGAAAAAUUUGACCCAGAGAGAUUCAGCUCGGUUAACAAGGAGAGCCGCCACCCUUAUGCAUUUCUGCCUUUUGGGCAUGGACCAAGGAAUUGUAUUGGUAUGAGACUUGCCAUGCUUGAACUCAAAAUCACCAUAGCAGCGGUGUUACAAAGGUUUUCUCCCAUUUCCUGUAGUAAGACAGUUUUCCCAUUUCAAUUAACCAAAAUCCAGGCCAGGGCGGUCGAUGGCGCUUGGGUUAAGAUAGAAGGGAGACAAUAAAAAGUUGGGAUCACAUUGCGAAACACAAGAAACAAACUUUUUAAAAAUCUGAUUGUUCAAAACAAGUUUAUUGACACAAAACAUUAGUGUUCAAAUCAUUUUUGUAUCAAGUUUUUAAUUCUACAUAUGUUAAAUGUUACAAAAAUGUAUUUUUAAAAUCCAAGUCCAAGUGAACACAUUUAUUAUCAGAUUUAUCAUAAAAUGCAAUGUAAAGAAACAAUACCAACAAUUUAUCAAGGUUAGCAUCAAGUCCCAGAAAAGGUUACAAUUAGAAACAGGCGAAAGAGCCAAUUAUUAAAUCAUUUUUCAUCUGUAAAUCACCUGGUUCAGAUGAGAAAAUCUAAUUCUAUGUUUGAUUUGUGUUUGCUUUAUAGAGAUCAUCAGCAAAAAAAAUGUUUAAUACAAUUUGGUUUAAAUAUAAUAUGUCCAGCAACCCAUAUAGAAUUAAAUUAAUUUGUAUAAUGCAGAUGAAAAGAAAAUUGAUAUAUUAACGAAGAAAUUUCCAACCUCUUUUUACACAGAUCAAUCAUUAAAAGCUUUUGUAGAUAAUGACUAAACUCUAUUCUAAACAAGUAUACUAAAAUAGCAUAGACAAUUUAUAUUAACUUAAAAUUUACUUGACUAAAGAUCUUGCAGUGGUAACACAACCAUAAAUUUAUUAGCAACCAGUUAGAAAAAAAUAGAACAGCUAAUGCGCACGGCAAAGGAAGAAAGGGGCAUUUCAAGUCCACUUCCUCUUCUUUAUAAGUUAUAUAGCUUACUUUUUGUCCUUAUGCAUAUUUUGUAUAUAUUGCGGGAUUUCUUCAUUAGGGGCCACGAUAUCAACGACUGCACCGGAGGGGGUCACUGCCAAUGUGCCCGUCGGCUGAUGCUGGAUGUCACAUUUCAAAUCAGAUUUAUUAUGAGAAAAUUCCACUCAAUAAAAUUUUUUUUAUCAUUUUAUAAUGAUCUAAGCCAAUGGAGCUUUUAAUGUUUUAUAUAACACAAACAUUUUAAGAAAUUCAACAAUAAAUUUAUACAUACAAGACAAAAACAACUAAUUGUCCUCAAUAUUUAUUCAGGUUAUUUUUAGAGUGCAAGGAUGACAUUGUUUUGUAAAAUCUUGAUUAUAAUUUUGAUUCUCAUAGCGGACGACUCUAGGACCCACCUUUCUAAGUUAUAGACAUCUCUAUAUUUUAUUACAAAAUAAAUUAGUUGACACCCACAAAACAUGGAUGAGUCUAAGAUUUCUAACAUUACCACAAUACAUGGGUGAGUCUAAGAUUUCUAACAUUACCACAAUACAUGGGUGAGUCUAAGAUUUCUAACAUUACCACAAUACAUGGGUGAGUCUAAGAUUUCUAACAUUACCACAAUACAUGGGUGAGUAUUGGAUUUGUAACAUUAAAUAAUGAGGACUCUCACUUUAUGCAUUAUUUUAUUAAUUAUUUCCAUUAAAUUCUAUCAUGAUCUAAAUCAUCAGAUUUUACUUGCUUUUUUUGUGUGUGUGAAAAUGAUUAAUUAAAUUGGACUUUUUGCAACAUGCACAUUUUUACCUUUGGUUGGAUUGUCUCCUAGCAACUUGUAAUGCUAGUGGUCGUUUUAAAUAAGGCCAACUAAUCCUCUCCUCGGAAU